AUGCCGUUCGGGGUGACCAAUGCUCUUGUUAUAUUCAUGGAUUACAUGAAUCUAAUACUUCGACUGUGGCUAGAUAAAUUUGUUGUUGUGUUCAUAGACGACAUUCUUAUAUAUUUAAGGGAUCAUGAAAAGCAUGUUGAACAUUUGAGGAUUGUGUUGGAGACGCUUAGGAAGCAUCAAUUGUUUGGGAAGUUAUCUAAAUGUGAAUUUUGGUUAGAAGAAAUACAGUUUCUUGGUCACGUGAUUUCUGCUAAAGGAAUUUUUGUAGAUCCAACGAAGGUGGAGGCAGUGUUAAAGUGGGAACGUCCAAAGACGAUGUUAGAAAUAAGAAGUUUUAUGGGCCUAGCUGGUUACUGCAGGAGGUUCUUCGAAGGUUUCUCCAAGAUAGUGGGUCCUUUGACACAGUUGCCUCGUAAGGAACAACCUUUUUUAUGGACCGACAAGUGUGAAACAAGUUUUGAAGAGAUGAAGAAAAGGUUGACAAGUGCUCCAGUAUUGGCAAUUACAGAUACUUCUAAAACUUUUGAAGUGUUUUGUGAUGCUUCAUACCAUGGGCUUGGUUGUGUAUUGAUGCAGGAGAAGCGACCAAUAGCUUAUGCAUCGAGAUAG